AUGGUCAACCCCACCGUGUUCUUCGACAUCGCGGUCGAUGGCAAGCCCUUGAGCCGCGUCUCCUUCGAGCUGUUUGCAGACAAAGUUCCAAAGACAGCAGAAAACUUUCAUGCUCUGAGCACUGGAGAGAAAGGAUAUAAGGGUUCUUCCUUUCUCAGGAUUAUUCCAGGAUUCAUGUGCCAGGGUGGUGACUUCACAUGCCAUAAUGGCACUGGCGGCAGAUCCAUCUAUGGAGAAAAAUUUGAGGAUGAGAACUUCAUCCUGAAGCAUACAGGUCCUGGCAUCUUGUCCAUGGCAAAUGCUGGACCAAACACAAAUGGUUCCCAGUUUUUUAUCUGCACCACCAAGACUGAGUGGCUGGAUGGCAAACAUGUGGUCUUUGGGAAGGUGAAAGAAGGCAUGAACAUUUUGGGAGCCAUGGAGCGUUUUGGGUCCAGGAAUGGCAAGACCAGCAAGAAGAUCACCAUUUCCGACUGUGGAAACUCUAAUUCUUUUGACUUGCGGGGCUUCUUACCCACCAGCCCAUUCCUGGUAGCUCAGGAGACCCCCUCAGCCCCAUCUGCUCACAGUACCCUGUAA